AUGAGAUCAUCGUCAGUCCACUAUCACAUCCAAAAGUCUUACGUUAGGCCUGCUCCCACACUCCCAAUCGGAGAAUUUACGCUGAUCGUCGUCGCACCCCCCAUCCAGCCCGUUGAUAUCACCGCUUCAGAUGAGUACCUCAACGUCCUUGUGGGUCGCCGGACAUUGCACCGCGGUCCGUUCUUCCCGAGUCAUAUGCCGGGUAUGGCUGUGAAUAUUAUUACAGUUGCAUCGUCGGUGUUUGCGAUUGUUAUUUUCUCGUUCCCGUAUUACAUGCCUGUCACUGGUGAGUUUGAUCUUGUAGAGAAGAAGAUGGAUGGGCGAUGGAGGUGGACAGGCUUAACAGCGUCGAAUAUGAAUUACGCCCGUGUUUGUGUUGGUGAAUUCUUGCUUAUCGAGUUGCUUUGGUGGGUUGUUGCGGGGAAGAAGUACUCCAAGAGUUUGCAGAACGCUCGCGAGGAGGAGCAGAAUGCCGCUCGUGCUAUGAUGGUUACUCACGAGGGAAAGGAGGAGGAUGUAGGAUCUUGCCUACGACAAAUACUGACAAUGUAG